CAGCUAUAAAGAGAACAAGAAAAAAAUGAAUUUCAAACUUCAUAUUGUAUGUACAUUUUAAUCUUUUAAAACGGACCUGGAAAAAACACAGCAAUUUCCAGUUGGAUGAGUAUAUUUAAUGAUGAUGAUAAAUCCUAUGCCUUUAUAAGCUGGGCCAGUAUUAUAGCCAGACUUAGGCUGGACGAGAAGUAGGACACACCAUGAGUCCUGGCAGCAAAAACUCGGCCACACAGGGUAGAAUUCCUGGAAGGAAUUACUUUGUGGCCAGGGUGGUAGAGAUGCCUCGAGGCCGGGCAGCGAGGUGAACUGGCAGCCGCUGCAGGAGCAAGGAGCUGGGGGAGAGGGGCUUGGACAGAGCUGGGACAGGGGCUCAGUUCAAGUCACGCUUGGUCACAGAGGAAUAAGCUGUGUGUGUGUCGCCAUAAGAAGGGAGGUUUGGUGCCAAGAUGCUAGCUGAGAACGCCAGUGUCCCCGGCUUUGGAUCAGUGCUUGAAGCUUCAGGUCAAAGUGCACAUGUCAGCUCUGAAGGUUCCAAGCAGGUGUGGGGCAGGAUGGCGAGGGGUGUCUGCCUGCUGCUGGCUCCUUGUGAACUCUGACCAGACACUAAAAACAUCCGAGCUAGCUGAUGAGGAACACAAGAAGUUUCCUGCAAUCUUUGCCCCUUAAAAAAGGAAUGUGUUUGUCUAUGUUGCAUGUGCUAUGUGCUGAUAUGUUUAAAGAUGCUUGAACUAUUAUUAUAGUAAAAUUCCAUCUAGCUAGACUCCAACUUUCUGAUCUGAAAGUAACUACAAAGGUAAGUAAAAAUUAACUUUUAACAGUAAAGAGCAGCUCUAAAAGAGUUGGCAAUAAAUGAAUGACUGCAGGGAACAGACGCCUUGAAGACCUGCUGUGAUUGGUCAGGUUGCCAUGAGUGCCCUGCUCACUUGACAAAGUUCAGAAAAAGCUGGCCUGGGUACAAAAGCUACUCCAGUGUGUUUAAUGUAAGCAUACAGUACGCUUUUUUUUUUUUUUUUUUAAACUAUUGGCACUUGAAAGGUUAAUGUCCAUUGCCUGAGGAUUAACUCUGUCUAGAAUAGCACAGGAUUCUAGGUAGCCAGGCUUUUACUGUGUUGUUCAUGAUGCUGCUUUGGACUCUUAUUAAGGCUUCCAAACGAUGGUCUGUUGGCAGAAGAGGAGCCUGGAUUUGGGUGAUCUGCCUGGGUUGGAACGGUGGGAAUAACUGGGAUUUGAGGCAGAUUGAGGCGGCAAGCCCACCUCCUAGGAGUGGCCUUCCAACAGACAGUUUGGUGAUCCAGGACGUGCCCCAGCUCUAGUGAUGCAGAUUGCCUUUCUGCUCUGGAACCUCAUCCAUGCCUCAGACUUGCUCCUCUCAACCUGAGACUGCGUGGAAACUGGGAUGUGGGAAGCAGGAAGCAGAGAUAGUGGUAACUGAGAGGCCCAUGUCUGGGUAGAACCAGGUCCGGGACCACAACGCUGCCUCCCCCCUGGCCUGGCGGUCAGCUGCUGUGGCUCUGCUGAUGUGCUCAGCACCGUCCUUCUAUUUGUACUUAAAUGGCACAGCAUUUGGUCAGCGCAUCUGAAAAGGAAGGUGUGAGAGACAAAGCCCAUGGCCACCUACCCCUGCCAAUUAUGUGGCAAGACGUUCCUCACCCUGGAGAAGUUCACUAUCCACAAUUAUUCCCACUCCAGGGAGCGACCUUACAAGUGCUUGCAGCCAGACUGUGGCAAAGCCUUCAUUUCCAGAUAUAAAUUAAUGAGGCACAUGGCUACCCACUCGCCCCAGAAAUCCCACCAGUGUGCUCAUUGUGAGAAGACUUUCAACCGCAAAGACCACCUGAAAAACCACCUCCAGACGCACGACCCCAACAAAAUGGCCUUUGGGUGCGAGGAGUGCGGGAAGAAGUACAACACCAUGCUGGGCUACAAGAGGCACCUGGCCCUGCACGCGGCCAGCAGUGGCGACCUCACCUGCGGGGUCUGUGCCCUGGAGCUAGGGAGCACGGAGGUGCUGCUGGACCACCUCAAGGCCCACGCCGAAGAGAAGCCCCCGAGUGGAGCCAAGGAGAAGAAGCACCAGUGCGACCACUGCGAAAGAUGCUUCUACACCCGGAAAGACGUGCGGCGCCACCUGGUGGUCCACACAGGCUGCAAGGACUUCCUGUGUCAGUUCUGUGCCCAGAGGUUUGGGCGCAAAGACCACCUCACGCGACACACCAAGAAGACACACUCACAGGAGCUGAUGAAAGAGAGUCUGCAGUCCGGAGACCUUCUGAACACCUUCCACUCCCUCUCUCCCCAGUUCCAGCUGAAGGCCGCCCCGCUGCCUCCUUUCCCUUUAGGGGCUCCUGCACAGAACGGGCUUGCAAGCGGCCUGCCAGCUGAGGUACACAGCCACACCCACGGCCCCUCGGAGCAAACCUCCCAGCCUGUGCCAGCGCUGCCAGAGCUCCUGGCCCCGCUCCACCCCGUAGCAUCCCCCAGCUCUCCUCCCCCACCCCUCCAGAAUCACAAGUACAACACCAGUUCUACCUCAUACUCCCCACUUGCAAGCCUGCCCCUCAAAGCGGAUACUAAAGGAUUUUGCAAUACCAAUUUGCUUGAGGACUUGCCUCUGCAAGAGCCUCAGUCACCUCACAAGCUCAACCCAGGUUUUGAUCUGGCUAAGGGAGGUGCUGGUAAAGUAAACCUGCCCAAGGAGCUACCUGCAGACGCUGUGAACCUAACAAUACCUGCCUCUUUGGACCUUUCCCCUCUGUUGGGCUUCUGGCAGCUGCCCCCUCCUGCUCCCCAGAACGCCUUUGGGAACAGCAGUCUCAGCCUGGGGCCCGGGGAGCCUCUGCCCCCCAGGUUAAGCUGUCUGGGGCAGCAGCAACAGGAGCCCUCCCUGGCCAUGAGCGCCAUGAGCCUGGGCCAGCUCCCCCUGCCUCCCCUCCCCCACGUGUUCCCGGCUGGCACUGGUUCAGCUAUCCUGCCUCAUUUCCACCACGCGUUCAGAUGACUGGUUUUAAAGCGUACCUUUCUUAUUCUGGAAGAUGUUUUAAGAAGCAUUUUAAACAAGCAUCAGUUAUGAUACAAGGAAAGAGUUAGUUAGAAAGCAGGACUGGAAUAUGGCUUAUUCAGUGAUGACUGGCUUGAGAGAAGAGAGUUCUCGAACUGCAUGUAUUGUGCCAAUCUGUCCUGAGUAUUCAUGCUUUGUACCAAAUUUAAUAAGCAAGUAUUCUUUAAUGGAACUGCAACCAUUGUCAUAACCGACAUCCAUACGAGGGCUGCUAUAUAUAGGUGUUUGUCAAAUUGAACUUAAUCGUAAGCCAUGAUCAUAAUAAUGUUAACUAAAUAACUUUAUGUGGCACUGCCUAGUAAGGGAACUAUGGAAAGGUUUGGAUUUCUCCAAAAUGGGAGAAUUUUUAAAAUAAGAAAAUAACCUUUAUAUUGCAUAUUAUGACUAGGCUGUGUAUUUCUUUUCAGGGAUUUUUCUACCUUCAGGGUUGGAUGUAGUUUAGUUACUAUUGCCAUAGCCAACCUAUAGUUUUACAGAAACAAUUUCUUGUGGAAUAAUAGAUGUCUCCAUUUUAAAAAAGCAUUUUAAAUGUAGUUUGAAUAUUUUCCACAGGAUGCUACAAUGUGAGUUAUCACUUCAUUUAUCUUAAAGACUAAACUGAUUGUCAGUUACAUCUGACAGAAAAAAAAAAAAAAAAAUCACUGUGUAACCAGGUUAAGCGGUAAAAUAAUCCAGGCGUCAGUCAAAAAAGGCAUUUUACUGACUUUAAUAUUGAUUAUAUUUUUAACAGGAAUUUAAGAAUAUUACUGGAAUUAAAAAAAUAUAUAUAUAUAUAUAUAUUAAACAAGAAUUUCCUUUGCUCUGUCUGGCUUAAAAUACUACUCUGCUUAAGUAUUUUUAAUCACCAAUAAGUAAAUGCAUUUUAAAAUUCAUCAUUUAAGUCAAUAUUAGUUUUAUUCAAAAAAGAUAACGUUUUACAAUGUAACUAUAAUCUAUCUCUUGAAUUUGGUAUCUAAUGAGUUUUUAAAAUAUAAAACCUAACCUUUUUUUAAAGCUCCUUUGUCUUUUGUGUUUAGAGGCUUUCUAUAUGAAGAUAUAUCUUACGUAUAAUAAACUACAAAUUCUGCACGUGGCUUGAUUAAUUUUUAUAUACAACCACACCGCGGAACUAUCCACACUGAGACAGAAAACGGUUCCAGCUCCUUGGCUGGCUCCCUCAUGCCCCCUCCUGGCCAUUACAUCCCCUGCAGAAACUACUAUUCUGACCUCUAGUCAGCAUCUAUUAGAAACUAAACCCGCCCCCCCAACCCUUUUUUUUUUUUUGAGUAAAAUAAUUAUGAUUUAAGGUAGGAGCUUAUAUGCUUCAUUAAAUUCACAGUGCUAAGAACUUACUUUUAUUCAGAAACAAACAUUCUGAAUCCUUCCAGAAAGAAUGCUAUGUAACUUACUUACUAUUUCUGAUAUAUAGGUCAGAAUACUAGCUACUGAAGUUUUGGCUAGGCUACCAUGAUCCCAUUUUACAGUAGUGUUUACUAUUAAUUUCUAGUACAAACUAGAAGUUAUUGCAUAUUGGGAUUUCUUCAGAAAAUAUUUAUUAUGCCCCCAUAAUACUGUUUAUUUUUGCUUGUUUUACCUCUAAAUAGGGUGGGGGUGGGCAGAGAAAGGGAAACCUUGAGUUCGAUUACCCAUCAAAGCAGCAUAUUAGCCAAAUGUGAGAACCGUGGUUCCCAGUCCUUAAAGGUGGUGCUGGUGAGCAUGAAGGGCGGGAGGCCCUGUAGAUAAGCUAUACCUGGGGCUGCACUGCGGCAUGUGUGGGACUGACAUGGUGGGUCCUUAAACUACGGUUUCACUUGCAGGGAAGAAAUGAGACAGGGACACAGGUUACCUCGUCAGUAGGAAUCUACUGCUCUGGGAUGUCUCAGUUCCCAAAUCCACUCUUACCUCUC